AAGAGUAGUGGAAUUUUUGGUGUAUUAUGGAGAAAUGUUAAGACAUUUCUUAAAAAUGACUGCAAGACACUCACAAGAUCUUUGUUCGUAAGUCGAAGUCACUAUCCAAAUCCAUCCACAUUCUUACCAAAUUCAAAUCCAACUUCCCAACUCCUUCUUCUUCUUCUUCUUCUUCUUCCAAUUCUUCAUUCUCUAACUCAAUUUCUGAAGCCGACUCUGUUUCUGGGACUUCUUGAAAGAAGAAGAAACGCAAGGAUUUGGGUCCAAUUACUGCUUGCCGCGGCCCGGGACUCAUUUUACGAUCGGAAUCCUAUGUCUUCGAACUUUUCCUCGUUUUUAGUUUGUGGGUUUUCAGGUUUCAUUUUCUUAAAUGCUGAAUUAUCUUGGAGAUAAAAAGGACGAGAGAAUGAAGAUGAGGAACAGAUACAGGAAAUCAACUGCUUUACGUUGUGAUGCGGGGAGCAGAUGUUUGAUAUCUGUGGUAAUUGGGAGUCUUAUGGGGUGUAUUCUUCUGCUGAACUUAUAUUCUGCUAUAAGGCCUGCGGAUGAGAUAGGUCAGCAUAUUCAUCUUCGAACAAGUCAUCAUCUUCACUUUCCUGAACUUGAAGAGGUGGAAGAAGAAAACAUUCAAAUUCCCCCUCCCCGUAAGAGAUCUCCACGUGCAACAAAGCGAAGACCAAAGAAAACGACCACACUGAUCGAUGAAUUUCUUGAUGAAGAUUCACAGAUUAGGCACAAAUUCUUUCCUGAUCAAAAAACUUCCAUUGAUCCGAUGAUCACGGGAAAUGAUAGUAUGUUCUAUUAUCCAGGGAGAGUUUGGCUUGAUACUGAAGGGAAUCCCAUUCAAGCUCAUGGAGGUGGAGUGUUAUUUGAUGAAAGAUCUGAAACAUACUACUGGUAUGGAGAGUAUAAAGAUGGUCCCACCUACCAUGCUCACAAAAAGGGAGCUGCUCGGGUUGACAUUAUAGGUGUCGGUUGCUACUCUUCCAAAGACUUGUGGACCUGGAAAAAUGAAGGCAUUGUUUUGACAGCGGAAGAAACAGAUGAGACUCAUGAUCUUCAUAAAUCGAAUGUGCUCGAGAGGCCAAAAGUAAUCUACAAUUCAAGGACUAGAAAAUAUGUAAUGUGGAUGCAUAUUGAUGAUGUAAACUAUACCAAGGCUUCUGUUGGUGUUGCCAUCAGUGAUUACCCAACCGGUCCAUUCGAUUAUCUCUACAGCAAAAGACCCCAUGGAUGUGAUAGUAGAGACAUGACAAUCUUCAAAGAUGAUGAUGGUACAGCCUAUCUUAUUUACUCCUCUGAAGACAAUAGUGAGCUUCAUGUAGGAUCUCUCUCAGAAGAUUAUCUCGACGUGACCAAUGUAGCGAGAAGGAUUCUCAUCGGCCAACACCGAGAAGCACCAGCUUUGUUCAAGCACCAGGGAACUUACUAUAUGGUCACAUCAGGGUGCACGGGAUGGGCACCCAAUGAGGCACUAACACAUGCAGCUGAGUCAAUAAUGGGUCCAUGGGAGACAAUGGGAAACCCGUGUAUGGGAGGGAACAAAAUGUUUCGAUUGGCUACAUUCUUUUCUCAAAGCACAUUUGUUCUUCCCGUACCUUCAUAUCCCAACUUGUUUAUUUUCAUGGCAGACCGAUGGAACCCUGCAGAUCUUAGAGACUCGAGGUACCUUUGGUUGCCAUUGAUGGUUGGAGGACUUGUGGAUGAACCCCUUGACUACAAUUUUGGGUUCCCUUUGUGGUCAAGAGUGUCUAUAUAUUGGCAUAGGAAGUGGAGGCUUCCUCAAGGCUGGAAUUCAUUGAAAUGAUGCUAAUUGUUCUCAAAAUCUCCCCCUCAAUGUACCAUAUAAUAAAGGUCUUUGUUUUAUUCUUUGGGUGUCUCAAAUAAUGUUCACUUACUUCAUAUUAUAGGCAAAAGAAUAUUACUCUUGAGAGAAUUUAUACGUUUAUUUUUUUGUUUAAUUAAAUAAUUUAUGAUAUCAGUUUCCAAA